AGGAAAACAUCUCUUCUUGGGUUUUGCAGAACAACCCCUCUGUGCCAGAAUUAGAAGGUGGGGUUUGAGUUGGAUAUUGGGUCCCUUAAUUCCCAUGUCCCUCUUUUGUUCCUUUUGGUUUUGCAGAAAGAUUGUGUCUGCCUAGUUCUGUGAAACCCAAAAAGACUUUGUUUUUAUUUCUCAUAGGUAGGGGAGAGGGAGAGCAAGUAACCUACACAUUCUGGGUUCUGACUGUUAAUUGUCAUAUUUCUUCCUUUCUCUCCUCCUCUUUUGGUUCCAUACAUACUUUUCUGCUAUUCCCAAAACAAAGAAGCAAUAUUUUCUUCCAGUAUUCCUCAAGUUUCUGGGAAAAAAGAUUUGUGAUUCAAUUUCUGGUAGGAAGGUCAUUCAUAAAAGCAUUAGUGCAUGCUUCUUUGUGACUCUCAAGUAGCCAGAUGCAAAAAAUAGUGUGACUUGAGCCAAAGCUGAAAGCUUGAACCUUUCAAACAUCUCACUCAAUUUAAAGUUCAAGAUUUUCGGGCCAAUUAGAGUUCCUGAAGGCUACAAAUUAAGCCUUUGCCUCAUUGGAAACUUGAAGGGUGGAAAGCUGUUGAGCUUGUGAAGCAGAACUGCAGAAGAGAAACAGAGGAGGUGAAGAUGUCUGCAAAGGUGUUUCAUUCAUUCAGAGAUGAGAAUCGAGAAUUCCAUAAACAAAUUGGUUGCAUGAGUGGGAUUUUCCAGCUGUUUGAUCGCCGGCAUUUCCUCUCCGGCCGGAGCCUCAAUGGCCAAAGCCACAAGAGACUUGCUGCAGGCGAGAAUGGGAACCAAGAAAUGGAUCCCAAAAGCAGAGCACUGCAGAAAGCUACAGAUAAAAAUCGAAAGAAGGUUGUCAAAGAGAGACGAAACUUCACAGAAUCAUCCACAACCACUGUUUCUUCAUCUUCUUGUUCAUCUACCUUCUCAUCAUCUCUUGAAUGCAACAAAGCAGCUCCGCAAGAACAAUCCUCCUCUGGCCAAACAAUUUACAAUGACAGACAUACUCAGGACCUGUCAAUGAACAAACUAAAUGCUUCAAAGCCCUUAAGCCAGCAAUCCUUUGACUCUACGUACAGAGAAGCUCGUGGCAUUUCAAUCAGACCUGGAGGAAAAGAUGGAGUAGGUCAUAUAUUGAAAUACAUUGACUCCCCAAGGCCUUCACAACCUCUAAAACCCAUCAAGCCAAGAGUUUCUGGUGCUGGCGAGUCAUUUCAAGUUCAUGCCAAGCUUCGGGAAGCACAUCGAAAGUCCAACGAGGAGAAGGUUGAUUGCAGGCGCUUUGUGCCAAAAGAAGCAAGAAGGCUGUCUUAUGAUGAAAGGGCAUCACGGGAUGCAGUGAAAUCCUCAACAAAACUCAAAGAGGUGCCAAGGCUUUCUUUGGACAGCAAAGAACGUUCCACAAGAAGGGCUUGUAGCCCCGAAACAAGAUCAAAUAAUUUCUUCAAUGAUCUGCAGAGGGAGAAUGGGUGCUCUGACAAAAUGCUUGACCUGCAGCCAGAAACCGGAAUUUUUAAAAGACCGUUGAAUGUUGUUGCAAAAUUGAUGGGAUUGGAUUUAUCAGAGUCAGUGUCAGCCAGUGUUACUCCAUCGAGGCUGAUCGAUACCUGUCCAUACGAUAGAUUUGAUCCCUUGUCCAGAUCAUCGAGAACAACAGAUGAAUCCAAGCAAGAUGUUUCGUCUGGGUUACCAAGUCGUAUGCAGAAGGGCUUCAGCUCACCCCAGAGAAGAAGUGCCAAUUCAGUCAUGAAGCCCGCUGCAAAUUCCAAGUUUCCAUUAGAAACAGCUCCUUGGAGGCAGCCACAAGGAAGCAAAGGUUCUCCUCAGUCAGCUUUCAUCUGUCAAGAAGAACCUACAAAAGCACCAAAAUCAUCACCUACAGUUUAUGGUGAAAUGGAGAAAAGACUAGCAGAACUCGAGUUCAAGAAAUCAGGAAAAGACCUCCGCGCUCUUAAACAGAUACUUGAAGCAAUGCAGACUAAGGAAAACUCAGAGGACAAAAAAGAAGCCUCAUAUUUUGCCUCUCAAGUAAGCAACAACAGUGUUUUGUCUGAGAGCACAAUAUCAGCAAGCAAGAAAUAUGUAAAAACUGGCCCAUCACUUCCUGCCACGUCCAUGGGUUCCAGAUCGCCAAAGAGUUACAGAUCACCAAUCAUCAUCAUGAAACCGGGACUCGUGGAAAAAACUCACAACUCCACUUCCACAAUGAUCUCCAUGAACACCAGAUCUCAUCCACGGAAGGUUCAUCAUAGUAACCCUGUUGACAACAGAGAGGAAUUGCUCGAAAGGAAAGCCAAAGAUUUGACUCCAAGAAAUAUUCAUACCGGUGACUCUUUCAGUGGACGCCCUCGCUCCACGGACAAGAAUCCGAAUGUGAGAACUUCUAAGGCUGCACAUAAACCAAAGAUGUCCCAGAGUGAAGAGAGUUCCCCGGUCCCAAGUAGAAGCAUCACGAGCCCCAGACUGCAAAACAGAAGAUUUGGAUUGGAGAACCAAUCUCCAACAGCCACUCUAUCAUCAGAUUCAAGCAUGACCAGAAGGCAACGCAGUAGGCAAACAUUAGAAGUGAGCACCACAGGUAGAAGACUUGGGCCAAAAUCUCUCAGUUUGCACCAAAGCAAUUGCCAACUGAGUGAGACCAGCACCAGUACAAGAGCUAUGAGCCACCAAGAUGAUACCAGUUCUCAGCAAUCUGAGAGCAACAUCAGCUCGGUCUUGGAUGCAGACACAGAAGCCACAAGCAUUCAUCAAUCAGACAUGAUUAGAGAUACUUACUUGAAGCGGCACAGCCAGAAACAAAAUAGCCCAGUAGUAGGAUUAAAUGAUGACCGGUUAACAGCAGAGCCCGGGAAAGCUUCCUUAGAACAACCAAGUCCUAUCUCUGUUCUUGAUUCUACAUUCUACAGGGACGACUCGCCUUCUCCUGUGAAGAAGAUAUCAAAUGCCUUUAAAGAUGAUGGGCAAAAUCUGGAAGCAGAGUAUGGGCCAAUGGACAUAGGUCUGAUAACCAGCAGUGUAACACCCAGUCUUGGUGCAGAGAUUGACCGCUACAGGUUAGAGAACCUGAAGCAGCUGAUUCUGAACCAUCGACAUAGGAGUAGCACACAUGAAGAACCCAUCCUUGACCACAUUCCUCUCCACUGUGAUCGCUCUAAUCCAGACCGCAUGUACAUUUCAGAUAUAUUGGUAGCAUCAGGAAUUCUUACGUAUCUCGAAUCUUCUUGGACAACUGUUGAGCCCCACACAUUGGACCACUUGAUCAACCCUAAUUUUUUCCUUGCACUGGAAGAAAUCUGGGCAGAUAUAAAGCUUCAUGAUGAUGGAAAGAGAUGCGGAAAGAUUCUCCAGUCCCAGUUGGAUGAUAAGAAUCAAAGAAAGCUAGUGUUCGAUGUUGUUAAUGAAUUCCUACUUCAAAAAUUAGUUGUGGAGAACAAGCCACGGUUCUCACCAAACAAGCUAGCAGAAGGGAAACCAAGAGGGCAGCAGCUAUUGACAGAAUUGUGUUCCCAAGUUGAUCAGCUACAAAAAAGUAACUUGAAUGGCAAUCUAGAUGAUGAAGAUGCAAGUUUGACGAACAUCUUGUUGGAGAAUUUUAUGGAUCAAUCACAAAAUUGGGCAAAGUGUGAUGGUGAAAUUCCAAGCAUAGUGUUGGAUGUUGAACGAUUGAUCUUUAAAGACUUGAUAACUGAAAUUGUGAGCAGGGAACCAGUUCAACAUGCAGGUUGGUCUGGUGGGCAUUGCAGGCAACUGUUUUCCAAAAAGGGGCUCUGGUAACAUUGUUUUUGAUAAACCUGAGUGACGAUAAGGGAAUGGGACUGUUUACAGAAGAGGCUGUAGUUUCAGAUGUUGAGCAGUAGAUACUUACAGCUCACAUUGUGAGGGAUGAUUGUAUGCAAUCAAUCUGACUUCCAUUUACUAUCUUUGGCCUAUCUUCUCAAAUCACAAUUACUGGGUUAAGGUUUAGCUCCUCUCUAACAUGUAGAUCUUUCGUAGAGGCUAAUGGUACACAUGUAACUUAAUUACUACAUUUUAGUAUUAUGGUAAAGGUUUAUGUGGAAUUUUCAUACGUAGAAGCAUUUUUUCCUUGAUUAGUUGGAGCAUUUUAUUAAUUUUGUCCAGUGUUUCGGUUUUACUCUCUAACAUAAAAAUUGCGGGGUUUAAAGUUCAUUAAAGUUGACACAUACGUAAGUAACACGGAAUACAACAUUUUGGUAUCAUGGUAAAUAGUACAUGAGAUAUAACGUGUGUCAUGAUCAACAUAGAUUACACAUAUAUCAAACUACAUUUCUCCAAAGAUGAAAAUUGCAAAUAAGUGGUUUAAUAAUAAUGCACAGCUGCAGAAGAGAGUUACACAGGCAAAAGUACCAGGUUUCUGGGACAAGACCAACAUUACAAGAUCCUCAGGGAAAUAGAUACUCCUCAACAAUCUUCCUCUUAGCAUCUACGUAAUCAGUUACUAAGUUUAUUGAAUACAGUUCUUGAUAUCUUAUGCAAAUUUAACCGAGAAACA